AACCAUUUGGAUGUGGAGUGCACAGUGCUCUUUUAGACAGAGAGCCUAGGACACAUGCUCAGUCAUGUGAGCUUAAUUAGACGCCACACAGGUCCCCGUCUCGCCACUCUUUUUCUAACACCCGACCCCUUGCUAUCACUCUGUCACUUUUGUUCUUUAAUACAGCUGCAGAUUGUACCAGUGGGUUUUCUUUUCCCCUUCUGGAAUGGAUAUUUACUACUUGGUUUUUUAGCAUUGUGCAGUCCUAAGGAUUAACUAAACCCUAACGUUAGGUCCGUUUGAUUUGAACCCACGUGUCCCGGUCCAUACAAAUCCUCUUUCUUUUCCCUCACCACACACACAGAGGCAGGAAUCUGAACCAGAAACGACUGGUACAUCUAGCAGUUUUCACUCUCAACCAAAAUGCCAUGUUUUGAAAAUAGAAAUGCUUGGAGGGGAAAAAUGCUUGAAGGGUGUGUUCAAGGCACACGGGAUUGUUCCCUUGGGUGCUCAGAGGCAGAGCUGCACUGCAACCUGACUGCUCUAACCCGUGUUUGUGCUCUGCUUUCGAACCUCAUCAUCGGAUAACACCGUAGGAGGAAAUCAAGGAUCGUUACACUUACGUAUCGAACCGAUCCUUCAGUAGUCGGUUCAUGUUUCAGUGGGAUCAUGGCCUAUCGCUACGUAAAGCAAUCCCAUCUGAUGCCGAGGCUGAAAGAGUCGAGGUCUCACGAGUCGUUGCUCAGUCCCAGCAGUGCAGUGGAAGCUCUGGAUCUCAGUAUGGAGGAGGAAGUGCUCAUCAAACCUGUGCACAGCAGCAUCCUGGGACAGGACUUCUGCUUCGAGGUAACUACAUCAACAGGAAGUAAAUGCUUCUCUUGUCGGUCAGCAGCAGAGAGAGAGAAAUGGAUGGAGAACCUCAGGCGAGCCGUGCAUCCCAACAAGGACAACAGUCGUCGAGUGGAGAACAUGCUAAAAUGUUGGAUUAUUGAAGCCAAGGACUUGCCAGCCAAGAAAAAGUACUUCUGCGAACUGUGUCUCGAUGACACGCUUUACGCUCGGACUACCUGCAAGCUCAAAACGGACAAUGUUUUCUGGGGUGAACACUUUGAGUUCAACAACCUGCCAUCAGUCAAGAGCAUCACCGUGCACCUUUACAAAGAGACGGACAAGAAGAAGAAGAAGGACAAGAACAACUAUGUGGGCCUGGUGAACAUUCCCGUGGGCGCAGUGACAGGACGACAGUUUGUGGAGAAGUGGUAUACGGUGAGCACUCCCAACCCCAGCAAGGGCAAAGCGCCGGGGCCCAUGGUGCGCAUGAAAUGCCGCUACCAGAGCAUGAGCAUCCUCCCCAUGGAGCUGUACAAAGAGUUCGCUGAGUACAUCACCAACAACUACAUGCUCCUCUGUUCAGUGCUUGAGCCUGCACUCAGCGUCAAGAGCAAGGAGGAGAUGGCCUGUGCACUCGUGCAUAUUCUCCAGAGCACUGGCAAGGCUAAGGACUUCCUGACUGAUCUGAUGAUGUCAGAGGUCGAUCGGUGUGGCGACAACGAGCACCUGAUCUUUCGGGAGAACACGCUGGCCACCAAAGCCAUUGAGGAAUAUCUCAAACUGGUGGGCCAGAAGUACCUGCAGGAUGCUUUAGGCGAGUUUAUCAAAGCGCUGUACGAAUCAGAUGAAAACUGCGAAGUGGAUCCGUCAAAGUGCUCCUCCGGCGACCUGGCCGAGCACCAAGGCAAUCUGAAGAUGUGCUGUGAGCUUGCUUUCUGCAAGAUCAUCAACUCCUACUGGGAACCAACCCGAGUCACUGGAGGGUUGCACGGGUCAGUGCACUCUCAGUGCCGGUCCCAAGCCUGGAAAAUGGGGAGGGUUGCGUCAGGAAGGGCAUCCAGGAGCAGCCGGAAGAAGGGGAAAAAAAUUGUGUUCCCACGCGAGCUGAAGGAGGUGUUUGCAUCCUGGAGGCAGGAGUGCGGUAACCGCGGCCGGCCGGACAUCAGUGAGCGGCUGAUCAGUGCCUCGCUCUUCCUGCGCUUUCUGUGUCCCGCCAUCAUGUCCCCGUCGCUCUUUGACCUCAUGCAGGAAUAUCCUGACGACCGCACGGCGCGCACGCUCACCCUCAUCGCCAAGGUCACGCAGAACCUCGCCAACUUCACCAAGUUUGGCAGUAAGGAGGAGUACAUGUCCUUCAUGAACCAGUUCCUGGAGCACGAGUGGACCAACAUGCAGCGCUUCCUGCUGGAGAUCUCCAACCCAGAGACCAUCUCCAACACAGCAGGCUUCGAGGGCUACAUUGACCUGGGCCGAGAGCUCUCCACACUCCACUCGCUGCUGUCUGAGGCUGUCGCUCAGCUCGACCAGAGCACGGCGACUAAACUGGGGCCUUUGGUACGGAUCCUGAGGGACGUAAACGUGGCCCUGACUAACCCCACUGGAGCGCCGAUGUCCUCCCCUACAGAACGCGUGGGUUCUCCAAGCAUGCCCGGCUGUAGCGUCUCAACCGGUCUGCACAAGCUAGUCAUGGACUCAGAGCUCAGCGGGUUGGUGGAUUUCACCAGGCUGCCCUCUCCGACCCCUGAGAACAAGGAUCUGUUCUUCGUGACUAGGGCGUCAGGAGUUCAGGCAUCUCCAGCUCGCAGCUCCAGCUACUCAGAGGCCAAUGAGCCAGACGUGCAGAUCUCCAAUGGCAGCAAGAGCCUGUCCAUGGUGGACCUACAGGACAGCAGAAGUGUUGAGAGCAGCGCCAACACAGUGUCCAGUGACCCUACCAAUGACACACAGGGCACCGGGGCUUGGGUUGCCCGUACUCUGAAAGGUGGCACAGCUGGAGGGCCUACCCUGAGGAAGAGUGGGCAAACACCCACAACACCAGGCGUAGAGAGUGCCCCAGGCCGGCCACAGCUGCUAGCUCCUCUCUGCUUCCAGAACCCCGUCUACCAGAUGGCGGCUGCUAUGCCAGUGUCUCCACGUGGCACUGCUGAUUCAGGUUCAGAAUGCCAAAGCUCCACCGGUUCCCAGGGCAAUCCUGAAGAUGUGGCCACACUAGGGAUCAAGCCCACAUUCAUCACACAAGCCAGCAUGGGCACAGGGUCUGGAAGUGGAGGAGCAGGAGCAAGUAACGCUGAUGACUUUGCACGACGCUCUGGUGAGUUUACACGAAGACAGAUGUCUCUCACUGAGUCCCAGCACCAAUCCAACGUCCCACGACAGAACAGUGCUGGCCCACAGAGGCGGAUCGAUCAGCCUCCUCCACCCACAGUCACUCGAGGACGCACUCCUCCCAGCAUGCUCAACACUGCACCCUAUCCACGGCCCUCCAGUGGCAGCAUGAUGUCAUCGUCAUCUCCUGACUGGCCCAGCAAUGGAGCCAGGCUGAGGCAGCAGUCCUCGUCUUCUAAAGGAGACAGUCCCGAGACCAAACCUCGCACACUGCACAAACAGGCCCCAUCUCCAGUGAAUCCCAGCGCUCUGGACCGCACGGCUGCGUGGUUGCUAAAUAUGAACGCGCAGUAUCUGGAGCAGGAGGGAAUUGACCCAGAUUCCAAACACAGGGAAGACCUCCUCAACAAGGAUGAGCUCAGCCAGGCUGAAAAGUAUCAGCAGGAGAUCAGCAUGCUGCAGGAGCGUCUCCGGCUGGCCUUGAAGAAGCUCGAGGAGUACGAGUCACGUCUGCAGGCCCAGGAUGAUCAAACGCAGAAGAUGCUGCUGGAGUACCAGGCUCGGCUGGAGGAUGCUGAGGAGCGACUGCGCAGGCAGCAGGAGGACAAAGAACUGCAGAUGAAAAGCAUCAUCACCAGGUUAAUGUCAGUCGAGGAGGAGCUGAAAAAAGACCAUGCGGAUAUGCAGGCCAUCGUUGACUCCAAACAGAAGAUCAUUGAAGCCCAGGAGAAGAGGAUAGCAUCUCUGGAUGCGGCUAACGCUCGGCUGAUGAGCGCUCUGUCUCAGCUGAAGGAACGCUACAGCAUGCAGACACGCAACGGCAUCUCGCCCACCAACCCCAGCAAACUGCAGAUCACCGAGAACGGCGAGUUCCGCAACAGCAGCAACUGCUAGCAACGACACACAACCCUGUUGGGUACAAGGGCUACGGGUAAAAAUAAAUAAAUAAACAAAUACAUAAAUAAAUAAACAAACACAAGCAGUGGAAUACAAUCGGGACUCUCUGGACUUCAGCUAAAACACUCGCUCUUCAAUCUGAUGGCAGAACUUGUUGUGGGAAAGGUAACAAUUUUGGGCUUUAGAUUUCAGAGCGACUGAUGGGACAGGUUUAAUCAGUCUUACGUUUGUUAGUAGUACAAAAUAACCAGAAAACCAGGCGUGUGAAACCUAGUGAUCAAGAUCAGCUUUCUUAGUAGACAUAACAUCAGUGGUACGCUUCGUUGACCCGUGUGUGUUUUCAUACAGAAUGAACAAAGCAAGCAAAGACGACAAACUGAAUGACUGAAGACUGAACCUGGUGGUGAAAGUGUGAUUUUAAUUGGAAAGUUUGCUAGUUUGCAGCACGCUAAUAAUACAAAUGUAUAUUAUUAUUAUUAUUAUUAUUAUUAUUAUUAUUAUUAUUAUUAUUAUUAUUUGUCAGAGCACUUUAUUUAAGUGUUUUUUGAUUUAUAUGAUUUCUGGUAGGCCAAAUGUAAAUGUAUUUUCCUUUCUUACUUACGUUGUAUUUUUAUUUUUUGCAUGUCUCAAAGCUACCAGAGCUAGCAGUAUAUUUUGUUUGUUUGUUUGUUUAUGUUUGUGUUGGUAAGGAGAGAUCUGUAAUUCCUUAGGGAUUUUUUUUUUUUGCCUAUUUUUUUUUUUACAUUUACAGUUUAAUUUAACUUGGUUUGUAUUGUUGAUGUACAUAAAACAUACACUAUGAUUUUUUUUUUCUUUUUUCUUUCUUUUUUUUUUUUUUUUUUUUUUUUUUAGCAGAGCAGAGGGAUAUUUUGUACAGUGUAUAUUCCUGUUCCUAUUCCUGUGUUAAAUUCCUCAGUUCUGUGAUAAACGUGUCAGGCUUCGGCUGUAAAUUCAGGUGCCGCUUCUAGAAACAGCAGAGCUCUGAGAAGCUUUGCGCACGCAUUCCUCACUCAUAACGCUAAUCUCGAGCUGUGGCUGUGCUGUGGCGUGGGUAGAGGAAAAAAAAAAAAAGAAACACUUAUCAAUGUUGUUCUUGUGUAGGGAGAAAACAGAAAUCAUUUCCCCCUGGAUUUAAUGCAUCAGUGUUUAACCAUUAUGCACUUUCUAGCAGUAGGGAUACGCUCCUUAACCAAAAAAAAACAAACAAACAAAAAAAAAAACAGCACAACAUCUUGUAAUAGAGACUAUCCAUGGACACACAGAUAAACGUGUAGCAUUGAAAGCGAGUGAGGAAAUGAAGAAGGCUGUGCAUAUGAUUCCCCCUCCCCCCUCAGGUCCAGUUUGUGUUCUUCCAGUCUUAUUAGCAACGGUUCUAACAGUUUUUGAACGCAGCAUGACAUUAAAUCUUCAGGCUCUCCACCCUGCUGAGGAGCGCUCUGUCUCUUCUUCAGAGACGCACCUAUUUUGCUGCGUUGAGUUUUUAGCCCAGGUGAACUGGGAUUUCUGACGGUUUUGUAGUGGUAUUUAUAUGACUGUUUGAGGGUGAGAAUGAACAAAAUCAUAGGGAAACAAAAAAUAUAUAUAUAUACAUCUAUAUAUAUCACAAAUUGCAGUUUCUUCAACUCCUUCCUUAAAAUUCAUCUCCCGAGCUGAGUUGUAAUUAUGACUUUGUGUUUAACUUAUACUUUAAUUUAUCUCCAUGGUCAUUUAUUUUAUUGAAUACUACGUAUUUCCAUGUUCGACUGGCCCCAGAUGUUUUCGAGCGUUUGUGUUUAUUGAGUUGUGAAUUAUAUGAUGGAUGUCAGGUAGCUGAGAUUCACAGACACUGGAUUCUCGGUAUCGCUGUUCUGAUAAGUGGUCUUAAUGUGCCCCUUCCGUUACACUAAACAUCCAUCCGUCCCUGAACUGCUACGCUUGAUACGCAAAUAUUUUGUUUACAGAGAUGAGAAAUUGUGUUCUAUAUAAAAUAUUAUAAUAUUAUAUUAAUAUAAUAUAAUAUACAUAUAUAUGUAAACCAUUGCACAUAAGCUUCCUCGGUCUUAUUUCCCUGUUGAAGGCAAUAGUACUACACACACACACACACACACACACACACACACACACACACACACAUCAUAAUGUAUUCCAGUGAUCCUGUUCUGCCACCUUGUGCACGGUGUCUUCUUUUACCAGGUAAAGCAGGCCAUAACAAAGUUCUUCGUCUGUUUUCCCCUUUCUGGCAUGCAAAAAAAGAUCAACUUUGUUUUUUUUUUCUAACAUCUCACAAAGCCUUUUAUAUGUAUGUUUAAGAGUAAAAUUUGCUCCAUGUAAAUACAUCAAGAGAAAAAAAUAAACAUACUAGUAUAUGGAGAGUCAUUUGUGUUAAAGAGAAUGUUCAGUGCAAUUAAUGUACAAUUGCCACUAGAAUUAUUAAAGUUUAUUUAGCUAUUUCAAAGGUC